GAGAAAGAAGAAACAUGUAAGAUUCAGCUAGGAAACUCCUUGUCUGGUUACUGUGUAUCCCAUUGGCGGCAUUAUGCUUCAGCUUAGAGGGCAUGAAUAUGACCUUACAGAAAGCUGUCAGCUCCACCUUACAGUGGCAAAGGAUGAUCCUCAUCAACUCAGCGAGCUACUGUCUCAAUCCAGGUACAAGGAAGUUAUCAACAGCCCUAGCGGCUGGGGCGUUCCAGAAACCCCUCUCCGUUGUGCUGCAUCUCAUGGCUUUUUAAACUGUCUGAAAAUCCUGUUGGACAAUGGAGCAGAGGUUGACAGGUUAGAUGUGAAGGCCCAGACUCCACUUUUUACUGCUGUCAGUGCUGGCCAUUUGGAGUGUGUUAAAGCAUUACUGCAAGCUGGAGCUAAUCCUUGUGGGAGCAUGUACAAUAACUGUUCCCCCAUACUUACUGCAGCGCAGAAUGGGAAUGACAACAUAUUAACAGAGCUCUUAAAAUAUAGAGCUGAAGCCAAUGUCAAGUCGAAACGGCCUGGCUGUGCUUUAGGUAUUAAGACCUCCACUGGACCAUUAUACAUUUCUGCUAUAUAUGACCACUUACAUUGUUUUAAGACUUUGCUUCUUCAUGGUGCUGACCCAGAUUACAACUGCACAGAUCAGAAACUUCUACAAAGGAUCAAGCGCCCCAGGCCUGUGCUGGAGAUAUGUCUAAAACACGGCCUGAGGGUGGACUUUGUGAAACUGCUUAUUGAAUUUGGGGCCAAUGUUCACUUGGUGGAUGAAGAUGUUAUUAAAUCAGUCCUGAAUAAUGAGGCAGCGGAACUCUUGAUGCAAGAAAAGGGUCGUCCAAGAGCUUUAAUGUCUGAGUGUCGUUUGACCAUAAGAAAUCAUCUAAUGCGAAUAAGAAAGACACAUCUCAUUGGCCAGCUGGAGAUUCCCCAAGCACUGAUCAACUAUUUACAGUAUGAACCCUAAGGCAGAUGAAUUUCUAUAGCAGUGAAUAUCCAUCUGAACUACAACUCUCAGCAAUAGAUGUAGUUUUAUCAGCUUUGCAGGUUUAACAUGACGCUUUUAGAAAGCAACACUCCCAUUAUUGAAGAUCCCAGAUCUAAAGAAGCAAGCUGCACCACCAGCUGUUGUUGAACUACAAAUAUGACACUUUCAGCUGUUGGCAGAUGCUGGGCAUAAAGGCUAGCAACAACUAAAGGGCAAUAGUUUUUUUUGGUCAAUAGUCGGAUCAUAUUCUAAAUAAAGCUCACACUGAU